GUAUUGCUGCAUGGUGAGAGAUUUUGGGUUUGUGCUCUGCUCUGCUCUGAAGGUGUUUUUUUCAGUGACUCUAUUCUCCUGCCAUGGCCUCCAAGGACAGUGACCCCCAGGCUGCCAUCUCUGAGCCCCAGGGGCAGCAGCAGCAGGUGCCUGCAGAGGCCAAGGACCUGGAUGCAGCUCCAGUGGCAGUGGCCAAGGAUGCUGUCUGCAGCACAGCUGCUGGGCCCAAGGCUGCAGUGUCCAGCAUGGUGGAUGUAGCCAAAGCGGCUGUCCAGGAGGGUGUGGAGAAGACUAGUUUGGCAGUGACCAGCAGCGUGGAUGCUGCAGCGGGCCCGUCUGUGGGCCAGAGUGUUACAAGUGACCUGGACAUGGAGCUGGGGAAGACAGAGCAGUGGGUGGACCACUACCUGCCCAUGAUGGCUGAGGAGCUGGCUGCACUUGCUGCCUCUGUGCAAGGGGCAGAGGUGGCUCCACUGGAGCAGCAGAAGCAGCAGCAGAGCUACUAUGUGUGCCUGGGCUCCCUCUCAACUAGCCUGCAGCAGCGAGCCUACCAGCAUUCCCUGGGCAAGAUGAGGCAUGCCAGGCAGAGUACCCUGGAGGCCCUGGUCCAACUGCAGCAAGCUGUGGACUUGAUUGGCUCAGCCAAGCAGACUGGGGAUCAGAUGGUGCACGACAGCCAGGAGAAGCUACAGCAGCUGUGGCUGGAGUGGCGCCAGGGCCAGCCAGGAAGCCAGGAGGGGGACAGCACCCCACAGCCUGAGGAGAUGGGAUCCCAGGCUCUGGCCACUGCCCAGACCCUCCUCCAGCAAGAGCAGGAUGCCUGGCAGAGCCUGAUGGCCAGUAUCCAGGGGCUGCCAACCAGCAUGCAGGAGCAGGUCCAGCAGGGCUGCCAGCACCUGGGGGAGCUCCAGGCUGCCUUCUCCAGUGCCCUGUCCUUCCAGGAGCUGCCUGAGGGGCUGCUGAGCCAGAGCAGGGAGAAGCUGGCCAAGGCCCAGGAGUGCCUGGAUGAUCUGCUGGAGUAUGUGAUUAAGAACAUCCCCCUGACCUGGGUUGUGGGGCCACUUUCUCCUGCUGGAGGCUCUGCAGAGCAGGUGGAGGAGCCUGUCUCGGAGGGCAAGGUGGAGGAGCCUGCAGGGGAAGGGAAGGUGCAGCCCUGAAGAACUGAACCCCUCUUGGGUCACAUCUAGUAAAGGGGUCCUUUCUCUCUCUAAGGGAUUUGAUUUGGGCUGUGAAGGUGGGGUAGUCUAGUCAUCCUCCUUCUACUGGGCAAGUCUCUUGCCCUCCCCACUGAGCUGGGUAUUCACUUGGGCUUCCCAGAAAGGGCUGCCUUUCCCUGGAUGUCUCUAAUCCUGCUGUACCAAUUGGCCUCUUAGCUGCCUCCUGAUUGAAGGCUUCUUCUGCUCCAAAUCCCUUGCCUGUCUGGUUGCUGGCUUAGUGUUGAUCACUGUUGCAUUCACAGCCUGUCCUGAGCAUGUUCUUCCAUCAGGUUGCAGGGAAGAAAGGAGUCCUCCUGAAGCAGUUUUGUAGAGGGGAUGGUUUCACCUGCUACUAGAAUAAAUACUGCAUUUGAAAAAUG